AUGAACCGGUGGUCCAGUUAUCUGUUGGGAUGGAUGGCCCUCCUCCUCUAUUCCUCAGAGACAAAUGGAGGUACGAAGGAUGCGUGUGUCUUUCCCUUCUCCUACAAAGGGACGGCCUAUUUUUCUUGCACACGAGCCAGGCACUUUCACCCUUGGUGUUCGACCAGGGCGGUUUAUGAUGGGAAUUGGAAGCGCUGCCAAAAGGAAGAUUACCCACGGUGUAUUUUCCCUUUCAUCUAUCAUGGAAAGACCUAUACUAGAUGCAUCGCAGAAGGCAGCUGGCUGGGAAAGCUGUGGUGUUCGGUGACAUCCAGUUUCGAUGAGAAACAUCAGUGGAAAUACUGCGAAGAACAUGAAUACGGGGGGAAUUCCUUCAGCAAGCCCUGCAUCUUCCCCUCCAUCUUCCAAAAUGACAUCCUCACCAAGUGUGUGGACGACGACAGCCGCCUCUGGUGCCCGACCACAGAGAACAUGGACGAGGACGAACAAUGGAGCAUUUGUGCCGACACUAGAAUUACCUCCUUGGUCCCUGGUCCCCCCUGUCACUUCCCAUUCAACUAUAAAAACAAGAAUUACUUCAACUGCACCACCAGAGGAUCAAGCAGCGGCCUUCUGUGGUGCGCGACCUCGUACAACUAUGACGAGGACCGCACGUGGGUGUAUUGCUGA